GAGACCCGGCGGCCACACGGCGCGGGAGACUCCGGGGCCCGCGUCGUCAGCCCUGCUCCGCCGCCUCCGUGUCCUCGCGAGGGAGACGGCGGGCGCGCGGGCGCGGGCACACACACUCUCUCUCGCUGCCCGGAGGAAAAGCGCCUCAUAAGGAGCCGAGGCAGCGGGGAGAGGGGAGGAGAGCUAACCGCGGCUGGCGGCCAACAGUGCAGAAGAGCUGGAAUACAGUCUGUGAUCUUAACAGUUGCAUGUUGGAACUUCUCCUGGAUAGCAUACUGCAGUUUGCAUUGAAGUGUUUUCAUAUACCAUCAGUGCCAGAAGCUUCAGAAAAUUGGCACCAUCUAGAAGUUAGCGCAGAUUGAUUUUCUUCUUCCUGGAUAUCUGAUAAUUUGAGAAACUAAACUGUAAAAACUGCUGGGGGGGUCUUUUGAUUACCUCCACUUGAAGCAGACAACAAGACUGGUAUGUAAACUGCACUUUGCCAUCAUUAUGAUGAACACGGAGAAAUGGGCUAACCUCAGUCCUUCGGAAUUCUCUCAGCUUCAGAAGUAUGCAGAAUAUUCUACAAAGAAAAUUAAGGAUGUUUUGGAAGAAUUCCAUGGUGAUGGUGUCCUAGCAAAGUACAAUCCUGAAGGGAAGCAAGAUAUUCUUAAACAAACAAUUGACUUAGAAGGAUUCAAGUUAUUUAUGAAGACUUUCCUGGAGGCUGACCUCCCAGAAGAAUUUUGUGAGCACCUAUUUACCUCAUUUGGCAGCAAAAUCCCUUAUAGUAGUCCUAUGGUAAAGAAUAAGCCCCCGCUCCUUCCAGGAGGUUUGCGAAUUACUAAAAGCAUGACACCAUCUCGCCCACCGCCCUCCACUUUGCACAUACCAGAAGUUAUCCACUUGAAAGAUAUUGUUUGUUAUCUUUCCCUUCUUGAAAGAGGAAGACCUGAAGACAAACUAGAAUUUAUGUUUCGCUUGUAUGACACAGAUGGGAAUGGUUUCCUGGAUAGCUCGGAACUGGAAAACAUUAUCGCUCAGAUGAUGCACGUUGCAGAAUAUCUUGAAUGGGAUGUCACUGAACUCAGUCCAAUUCUUCAUGAGAUGAUGGAAGAAAUUGACUAUGACCAUGAUGGCACCGUUUCCUUGGAAGAAUGGAUCCAGGGAGGGAUGACUACAAUCCCACUCUUAGUGUUGCUUGGACUGGAAAGUAAUGUGAAGGAUGAUGGGCAGCAUGUAUGGAGGCUGAAACACUUCAACAAACCUGCCUAUUGCAAUCUUUGCUUGAACAUGCUUAUAGGAGUAGGCAAACAGGGCCUCUCCUGCUCAUUUUGUAAGUACACAGUCCAUGAACGUUGCGUUUCGAGAGCACCAGCUUCUUGUAUCAAAACAUAUGUGAAAUCCAAAAAGAAUACUGAGGUCAUGCAUCACUUCUGGGUAGAAGGGAAUUGUCCAACCAAAUGUGAUAAGUGCCACAAAACUGUAAAAUGUUACCAAGGAUUGACUGGGCUGCAUUGCGUCUGGUGCCAAGUCACACUGCAUAACAAAUGUGCAUCACACCUCAAGCCUGAAUGUGAUUGUGGCGCUCUGAAGGAUCAUAUUCUACCACCCACAUCUAUCUGCCCUGUAGUAUUGACUCUACCUCCUUUAGGAGUUUCGCUUCCUGAGGAACGCCAGGCAACUAUGAAAAAAGAAAAGGAUGGUUCCCAACAAACAAACAAACUAGGUGAUCGGAACAAGAUGCAGAGAGCAAAUUCUGUCACUGUAGAUGGGCAAGGCCUUCAGAUUACGCCUACUCGGGGUACUCAUCCGCUUCUAGUUUUCGUCAACCCUAAGAGUGGUGGAAAACAAGGAGAAAGAAUUUACAGAAAAUUUCAGUAUCUUUUGAAUCCUCGUCAAGUUUACAGCCUUGCUGGAAAUGGGCCAAUGCCAGGGUUGAAUUUUUUCCGAGAUGUGUCUGACUUUCGAGUAUUAGCAUGUGGUGGAGAUGGAACUGUGGGAUGGAUUUUGGACUGCAUAGAAAAAGCAAAUCUGAUUAAGCACCCUCCAGUUGCUAUUCUUCCCCUUGGAACUGGGAAUGACUUAGCCAGGUGUCUGAGAUGGGGAGGAGGAUACGAAGGCGAGAAUCUUCUGAAGAUCCUAAAAGAUAUUGAGAACAGUACAGAGAUCUUGCUCGACAGGUGGAAAUUUGAAGUCAUACCUAAUGAUAAAGAUGAAAAGGGAGACCCAGUGCCUUACAGCAUCAUCAAUAAUUACUUUUCCAUUGGAGUGGAUGCUUCGAUUGCUCACAGGUUUCACAUCAUGCGAGAAAAACACCCAGAGAAGUUCAACAGCAGAAUGAAGAAUAAAUUUUGGUAUUUCGAAUUUGGCACUUCUGAAACUUUUUCAGCAACCUGCAAGAAGCUGCAUGAAUCCCUAGAAAUAGAAUGUGAUGGAUUUCAGAUAGACUUAAACAAUAUUUCCCUGGAAGGGAUUGCCAUUUUGAACAUCCCAAGCAUGCAUGGAGGAUCAAAUCUUUGGGGUGAGACCAGGAAAAGGCGAAGCCAUCGUCUAUUUGAAAAGAACAGGUCAGAUAAAAGAACCACUGUUACAGAUGCUAAGGAACUGAAGUUUGCAUGCCAAGAUCUGAGUGAUCAGCUGAUGGAAGUGGUUGGUCUGGAGGGAGCCAUGGAGAUGGGUCAAAUAUACACUGGGCUGAAAAGUGCUGGGAGACGUCUUGCUCAAUGCUCAUCUGUUAUCAUCAGGACUAGCAAGUCUCUGCCUAUGCAGAUUGAUGGGGAGCCAUGGAUGCAAACACCUUGUACAAUAAAAAUCACCCACAAGAACCAAGCUCCAAUACUGAUGGGACCACCUCCCAAAACUGGGCUCUUCUCUUCCAUCAUUAAGAGAACAAGGAACUGCAGCAAAGAAUAAGCUUCUUUUAGUUAAAUCCUUACAAAAUCAAAUUAGCAGGGAUUUGGAAUAUGUACGCUGGAAACCUCUCAAGGGUUUUAAAAUGUUCUCUACUGCAUAAUCAUGGAAUCUGGAAUAACAGUUUCUGUGACUGAGCUAAUGUAAAACGAUGCUAUUAGAAUAAUUUAUUGCCACAGUUUUGUAGGCAUUUUGCAUGAAGAAAGCUAAUGUUUACAUAAAGUGAUAAAGCUUAUUUUUGUUGCAUGCAUUGCCAUUACUAAUUUGCAGGAUAAAUAUGCGGGGGGGGGGGGGGAGAGAGAAUGCAACACUGUUGGAAAUGUGAUUUUUCCCAGGAUGUGAACCUCAGAUUGGUCUUUCAGAUGGCAUAUUUAACCCAUUGGACUACUCCGGCAUCUUCUGAAGAAAGUGCCAUGAGGCUUAUUGCAGCCUUGGUUGGCUUCCUUUCCUGAUUAACGCUGAGGAAUAACAAACGUUCAGCCUAGUAUUUGCCCAGCCGUCCCUCUUAAAUCUCACCCAUUGAAUUCAGGGCAGAUCUGAUCAUUUAAAACCUGGCACAUGAACUCUUUGUGCUAUCCUGUUCUGUUAGACUUCAUACAGAACAGGAAGCAACCAGCCUCAUUUCCAGUUUUCGGAGGGCCCUUGAGCGAGGCAGACACCCUGCACGGGGGGGGGGUCCCCCCCUCUCAGAAAGGACACAGGUUCGAGCUUUUCAGGUCUGUGUCUGAGCACUCUUCCCUUUGCCCUGCCGAUAUCCACAAGCAACCCCACUUUGCCUGUUGAAUUGGAGCAAACUGCAAUCGGCGGGGAAACCCGAAUUGCCAUUUGCUCCGAUUCAGCUGUAAAGAGCGGGUUUUCCUGGGGAAAGAAAGAAAAAAGUGCUUGGACGUAGACCAGGGAAGUGCAGACCAUUGCCUAGAAAGCGCAGGGCAAAAGGUAAGCAGGGAUAAGUCCAGAGUCCAGAGGCGGAGCGUAUGCCCGCGCUCCCAAGGAGGGGCAGGGCACAGAGGGUGCCCUCCCACACACGGGAUAGCCGCUUGGCUGCACAGAGUGGCGCAUGCGCCCUGCAGCUCGGGGUGGAGCGAGCCACCCAUGGGGGCGGAGGGAGACGUCAAUGGCGGACAUUUGGUGCGCCGCCUGCGACUUCCAGGCCUCCCCCAGCUGUCAAAACAAAGGGGGAAGGGGGGAAUGCGGCACAGUCCCCCCUUCCCCCGACGCCUCAGGGUAGGCUUUGGAGUCACGGGUGGGCGGCGUGCAAAAUGUCACCCCCCUCAGCGAAGACACCUGGGGCCCCUGCCGCCCCUGCCUGAGUCUCCUUCAUCAAUGCAGCAAGUCCAGGAAACUGUUGCCACUGAUGCUCCCCCCCCCCCAAUUUUUUUUAUUAAUUAUCCAAUAAUUUUUUUAAACAAACAAACAAACAUAAAUCUCAGCCUAUUUAAACCAAUCUUUGUAACAUUGUUAAGUGACUUCCCCAUAUCCCCCUGGUUGAAUUUCAAUGUAUAUCAUUUUAACAGUUUCCCAAAACUAAUGUUCUUAUAAAAUUAACUUAACAUUUUUCUUUCUUCCAAAUUUGGCAUUAAACAUAUUUAUCACAUCACAUAUUUAAAUCCUAAGCCUAUCUGAUAUUUGCAAGCUUUCCAAUUAAAUGCCCACUGAUGCUGGUCCAUGGAAACAAGUCCUCACAGUAACCAGAGGCUGGCCUCCCCCCCCCCCCAAAAAAAAAUAAGCACAUUACAUAAUAGGCUGUUUAGUUCCACAUGAUCAAACUUCAAAAUAUUUCCAUCACAAAUACGGGCCCACGCUAUAGUGUUAGAACAAAAGAAGCUAACAUGCAUCUGAGCUGGAGAACCAUUACACAUAAUAGGAAGACGAAACCCUGGGUUUGUCGCUGAGCAUUGACUCAACAUGGAGACUCAGCCAAUCCUGUCUCUCCGACAGGUGUUAUUUGUACGAUACAUUUGUCUGUUUGCCACAUCCAUACUUUAAUAUUUUAAGUGUACAUCUAAACAUAUAAGAGCAUAUCUGGGAAAGAAAUGCAGCUGUUGAAACCAAGCCAAAAAUUACUCCACAUUAAAUCUUCAUAAUAUAUCAAACUUCCGAGCAGUCUUGCAUAUUAGCCUGUGAAGCAGUAGGUGUGCCACAUCAUAACCAAGCCACAUGCCUGAUAAACCACAUUUCCACCAAAGAUUUAGCAAAGCGAGGUUUCAAGGAAAAUCGGCUGGUGCAAAAGUAAGCAUUUGGGAUCAAAACCCUCUUUUGAUUACUUUGGCAGUGCCUGUACCAAGAAAGGGGACUGAAAUUCAUGAAUUACAAUUAAUUCUUACUAAGUAUUUAUUUAUUGUGUUUAUAAAAAUAGUCCAUGAAUCAACUGGUCACCCCGAUCAGAUGGGCUCAUGUGUGUGUCCAUUGACCUUGGGGAGGUUUCGUAUCUUGUAUUUCAGAAUGCUCAUGUGAACAAAUGGGGAGCAAGUUUAGAAGCUGCCUCUAAGGGUCCUGUUACUGCAUGCGCAGCAGAGACACUGGAUCGGAAGACUCAGAGUUAUGGCCAAUCAUAAUUGUGUCACUGGCUUGUUUCCUUUAUAACUGCAAAACAACUGAUGAUAUUGCUGCCUUUUUUGUGUUCUCGAUUCCAAGAAUUUCUGCUGUGAUGAUUUUGUGCUCAGUACCUUACUUCCCACCCAUGGCCCCCUGGAAAAUGUAUUAACAGCUUGGAAAACUGCAAAGCAGCUUGUUUUGUGCAAUAUAAGUGCCGCUGUCUUAUGGUCAAGGCCAGGCCAGCCAACAAUUUCUAUGUUACGUAUAAACUUAUACAUCUAUAGCAAACUGCUUUUGGGGGAAGCCACUGUGAUUUUCAACCCAUUCCCCUUUUAGUUUGAGUUUCAUCCUUGCAUGCUUUGCUUUCAGGCAUUCCACCAAGAAGAGCAACUUGCUUGAAAUGCAUGAUUUAUUAAUGCCCUCGCACCUUCUAAUCUAUCUCAUACUUUGCUAAUGAUUUAUCAAAUCUCUUUUCCUAUUGAUUCGUUCAUCCUUAUGAAAUGCAAACAACAUGAAAUCUUUCUGUUGUGCACGGUAUUGUGCAUGGAUGUAAGUACAUUAGAUACAGUUUGAGUACAUUAUAGGAUUUGGUAGAUUUCGUCUGUGUGUAAUUGAAGAACACAGAAGCAGUAUAUUGCCGGCAAAGACAACGUACAGUACGUGAAAAAUACUCUUAAUGUUCAGUAAAUGUUAGCAAACUAACGCCACUUAACAUAACAUUCAGCAUUAGGCUAAGAAAUGAUAUUAUUAUUAUUAUUAUUAUUAUUUUAUUAUUAUUAUUAUUUAUUAAAAUUUGUAUACCGCCCUUCAUCCAAAGAUCCCAGGGUGGUUCACAAUAGAGAUGUCUGUCUCCAAACCUAAGGCUGUACAGUUCAACAUGUAUGGGUCCAGUGAUGUUAACUAUAGUGUCAGAAUUAUAAUUCUCUUGUAAGCUACAAACAAAUGUACACCUAUAUCUGAUGCAAUGGCUACUUCAGAUAUCCAUGACUCAAAGGCAAAUCCAUCUUGCACAUACUGUAUCACAUGACAUGUUCAUUGAUUUUAUGAAAUUAUGGCUAUAGGUAAUAAAUAUUUUCACAUUA